AUGACAAGAGGGCUACCAGAGCAGGGGACUCAGCAACAAGAGGCUAAAUCUUCGUCACCUAGUUUCGAGGCGUUACGAUCUGAGUUCCAGCGCAGUUUUAAGUCCAAGACAUGGAUGGGUGUGCAAGAUUUGUCAAACCACUCGACCAAUCGGCGGGCGCUUGUAAUUGGUAUAAAUUAUGGCAACCGCCGUCCUCCAGGUGGCCUUACGGGCACAUAUGUUGAUGCUUUUAGGGCUAUCAAAAUGCUAGAGAACUUCGACUACAAAUCAACGGACAUUUGUGUACUGGCCGAUAUUGCGAUUCCUACAACUAGCUUCGGCAUUGAUUUGGGAGAAGAGGACGACGCCGAGUCACGCCUUCCAAAAAGGAACAACAUUAUAAAAGCUCUCAGGUGGUUGUCAAACAACAGUGGCCCUGAAGAAUAUCGCUUUUUGUAUUUUUCAGGUCAUGGCCACUAUCAGCAGUAUAAACCAGAACCUUCUUCCAACCAGUGUAUCAUGCCAAAAGAUGUCGAAUUUGAAAGGUUUCAAGAUUGCGAUGGAUGUGUUUGCACGGGGAAUGUGUGGCAAGCAAGUGAACAACAAGGAGAGCCAACAUUUGUCCCUGAACCCUUAACAGUACUUUGGGAUCAUAAUAUCAAUCGGUUGCUCGCCGGUAAUCUGAAGGCUGGUACAACAAUGACGGCGGUACUUGAUAGUAGGUCUCCAAGCGCAGGAUGGCCUAGCCGAAGCGUCGGAGAAACUGGAAACAUUUGGGCCCAAUUCGCCGAGCGGGAUAACCCAACGAAUAGCGAUAUCAACGUCGAAGCUGUCUCGCCACCACAGUCUGCUACCCCUAGCCCCGGCUCCGUAUUCGUAAACCGAAUAGAUCCUGGAAACAUUCUAGGGCUUCCGGCUGGAAUAGAUGUGGUCACGGGCACCAAAUAUCAUACACCUCGGUAUAAUAAUACGAAAUCAUUCCGGGACCCGUACGAGAAAAGUCAAAAAUCCGUUCAUUCCUUGUCGAAAUCGCCUGAAACACGACGGGCGCCAUUCCAACUAGGGGAGAUGGCAACGCGAAACCAAUCGCUUUCACCCCCAUUUGGAACAUCUCAGGCUACUUCAGGAUUUACCUGCCAGCGUCCUGGGAUUUCUUCGGCUGUAGUUCCGUUCAACGAUGGAUGCACAAUUGUGAGUGGACGCUUGAGGCUCUCUUCAAGACUUUCCCUUGACAAAGUUGGAAAGAUGUGCUGGGCAGCUUGUAGAAAGCUAGAAAGCGCAUUCGAGGAUAGUGAUAACGCUGGAUGGUUCACGAAGGCACUAACUGAGUAUUUGGCUCGACCUAUAAAUAGCGAAGAGAAUCUAAGGUCGGCCCAGGAUCUGAUUGAUCGACUUGGCACUAAAUUCGAGCAGCACAACAAAACCCUCAAGGAUCAGAAGAGGAAUUUAGGAGAGCAACACCCACAGUUAUUUGUAUCGAAAAACAUCGGUUUAGCACUCGAGGAUUAUCUUCGAUUAGGGCUCAAGAUCUGA